AUAUACUUUUUCUUGGUGCUGACAGUGAAUUCAUUUAUGUGACUAAAUAAAUCUUCCUGUGUUAAAUAAGCAUUUCAUUAAAGUUUUUUUUAGAUAUCUUCUGUCUAAUUGUUUAUAUUGCAAAAUUUCGAACAUACUUUAGUCAGAAUGACAAUGGGUGAUGAGUUGCCUGUUACUUCUUUGGUUUUACCUGUUCUUAUACGUCCUGUCUUAACCCAGUUAGAAAAAUAUGACAUGGGGGCUUCACAAACCUUACGGGCAGCUCUUACGAAGGCUGAAGCUGCCUUACCAGGCCUUAACUAUGAUUUAGUUGCUGGCAUUAUGAGAAGAGCAGACAUUCCCGUUAAUAUGAAUGAAAGCCUACUACGCCUUCAAGGAACAUUAACAGAAGCUGAAUGUGCUGAUUUAAGACUAAAUAGGUCUGAAGAAGCAUUUCAAGAGCUCAACAAGAAGUCCACUGCAUUAAAGAAAAUUUUGAGCAGAAUACCUGAUGAAAUUACUGACAGAAAGACUUUCCUUGAAACUAUUAAAGAAAUAGCGUCAGCCAUUAAGAAGCUACUAGAUGCAGUAAACGAAGUGUCCACGUACACACCUGGUCCGGGAAAACAGGCUCUGGAGCAAAGAAAAAGAGAAUUUGUCAAAUACUCCAAAAGAUUUUCCAACACUUUGAAAGAAUAUUUUAAAGAAGGACAAGCAAACGCAGUAUUUGUCAGUGCACUCUACUUAAUUUACCAAACAAAUCAAAUUUUAUACACCGUCAAAAACAAGUCAGAGUAAUAAGUAUGAAACGUUUGGUCCAAAAACCGUUUAUUAAAUACUAAUUAAGUACUACUUAGUCUUCUAUUCCUAAUUGAUAAUAUUAACCUCCAGAAUGUUAUGUACUAGUAAAAUAAAUGUUUAAAAUAUUUGGGUAUGUUUGAUAAGUUCUUGACAAGUAAAAAAUAGUGUAGAAAAUAUUAACUAUAUUUUGUUUUAAAUGGGAAAUUUAAGUCUUAAAAAUUAGUCUUUAAGGUAUUUUUAAUGUAAUCAAAUGUAUAAGAAAGGUAAAAGAAAGACAUUAGGCUUGUAACUAAAUCUUGUAAAUAGACAUUAAGACAACGUACAACUUACUUACUUACUGUUAAAAAAAUAUGGAGACUUAUUUUUUCGGCUGUUUUUUGACUAAAACCUAUUAUUGAAGUUUAAAAAAAUGGUUUCGUAUUUCUGCAUCAUUGCAUUUUCUCAUUUUUGCAUCUUUUCUUGAAAUCUGUAGUUAAUAUUAAUAUUUACAGUACUUCUGAUAAACAAUCGUAUUUUUUUUUCUAUGUUUCAUUAAAAAACUCUAAAUAAAAUACAUGUUUUCCUUUAAGCUUAAACUUGUAUGAUUAGAGCUAAAUAUAUGGUAUUAUUUAUAUAAAUAUUUACAAUAAGAUUUUCAAUGUAAAAGUAACAUCUAUAAAUACAUAUAGUAUAAACCAUGUACGACAAUUUUUUUCCAUUUAUCUAUGAAUUUUUAGUACUCUAUAUUAUAUGUAAUUUUUAAUGAAAAUUAGAGGAAAUAAAGAAUAAAAGAUAGUUAAAUAUGAUUAGAUAAGACAUGUUUACAACAAUAACAUAAUGAUAUUGUUAUAUAAUAAUAUCAGUACCUAUUGUAUGGUUAACUAUUCAAGAAUGUGAGAUAAAAACUAAACUUUUCUCUCUGAUUUUCAUGUAAUAUUGCUUUUAAAAAUUUUCUUUAAUAUUUUAGACUAUUUAAAUUAAACAAAUUUCUACUCCUUUCUUGAAAUGCAGGGAAAUUGUAUUAAGCUCAAAGUAGCUCUUUUUAUUACAACUAAGAGUACAAUUUGAGUCACAGGUUAAAAAUUAAGUGUUUAUAAUACUUAGCAUAAAAUAGAAACAUUUAAACUAUUUUUUCCUGCGGUUUUAUUUACUCUAGUCAAUUUUGUCAUAUUCUUUUGGUAGCUUGUGCCUAUAAAGAUUGUGGUGAAAAUGUAAUUGUUUAUUGUCGAUAAUUUAAUUCAAUAUUUUUAUAAUAAGUGCAGCGUAAAAAGAUUAUCGAUAAUUAUAACAGUUGUAAUUUGUAUAUUUAAUAAAUUUCCGAAUGUGCUUUGACGGGUCCUAUCAAAUUUAAGAAUCUGCAGAUGGAUCCCGGAACAUAACUUCACAAGGAAGUAACAUGAUGUUAGAGUUUGCGUAUUUAUUUCAUGGACAUUUGUACAGCGUAAAGCGGAAACUAGUACCAGAAAAGUUUUGUUAUUAACAGUGUGUAAGACCACGGACUUCUGUUUUACCAUAAACUUUGCUAUUGACAAGUGGAUUUUGUUAUAACACUUAUUUUUUUUGGUAAUUUGUUACAAGCCUAAUGGUAUUUUGAAGUUACAAAUAAUUAUUUAGUUUUGCACAUAAUUAUGUUGUUUGUUAUUAUUCUGUAAAUUUUAAAUACUUUAUUUAGAUCUUAAUCUAAUACAGUUAUCACUACA